AUGGACCUUGGCGUAGGAUCGCCGAGAAAAACUAAAAUCAGGUGCCCAGGCAGAGGAAGUAUCUUAUCAAGUCAAAAGACUGAAAAAGUUGUUUCCAGCAAACGUAUUCAGCAAUCUUAUUCCGCCUCGUACCAGCGAGAAAAUGCUGCAGAAGAUCGACCAGCCGUCAGCUCCAAAAGGCUGUCAACACUUGAUCUGACAGACGGUAACAAUCGCUGCGUUCGAGGCGUUCAGACUCAUGGCUCAGGAGGAAGAUGCUUUCGGGCCCGUCGAGUCUCAUGGGGUACAAAGUCUGCCAAGCAAAUUGGCUAA